AUGGAGAAGACAGCAACAGCCUGCAAUCAUUCCAUCAAAAGCAGGCAAAGGAAGUAUGGGAGAGCAGCAUUUUUCACUCCCCAUAGACUACACAGCCUUCGAGAUGAUCUCCUCAAUAACUCUGGAGUUUCUAGGAUUAACUGGAGGCCACCUCCACUAGUUACCUUGGAUAAUGGAGGCAACCUUGGCAUUCUUAGGGAUCCCAGAAUCAUAAAUCACUCUAAGACCCCAUUUAAGAAGGAGAGGACCAUUAGGAUGCCAAAAAUCAUGCUAGAGAGAUGUACUCCUACCAUUUCCAAUAACAUAAAGAAUGAAAGAAUGACUACAAUUAAUGUUGUCCAAACACAAGGAGCUUCAGCGUCUGCAACGAAGCCGAGGUCAAUAAGGAAAGAGAAGGGCAAGGGCAUUGCAACAGAGCUAGAGCAGCCAAAGUCGAGGAAGCGUCAACGAGCAGUCUAUGAGUCGAACAUUGUAGAGAAAGGGGGUCACUUGUGA